CUCUGCCUCCCUCCACCGCUCCACCCACAACCACAAUGGAAACGUACACGCUCGCGCACUUCCCGCCCAACGUCCGCACGCUGCACGUAGCGUACUUUGAGAACGUGACGAACGCGCCCGAGAUCAGGCGGCGGCUGGUAGCGGCGGCAACAGCGACCGGCGCGGAGGGGGACGCGGCGCGGGCGGCCGUAGAUUUUGCCUUUAUCGAGGCUGGGCUGCUCGUGUCGAAGGAGCACCUCCUCAGCGGCGCCCUCGCUGCCCUUCUGACCUCCUUGCCAUCCGACGCGCGCGCCUCCCUCCCCGCCCCGCCAGAGCCCAAGACCCGCUCGCAUAACCUCCAUUCCGAGGUGCUCAUGGCGCUGAGCCCAAACAAUAACAUCACGGACGCGAUCCGCCGCCACGGUGUCGGCGACGCGACGACGCGCCUCGCCGUGGUCAAGUUUGCGGCUGAGGGCAGUGCCCAGAAGGAGGUGUAUGACGCCAUUGCUGCUGUUGUUGAUGGCGAGCUGGUGCCGCUUGAUGCGCUCGACGAGGUCUCCAAGAUCGACUGGGCGCGCGUGGACAAGGUGUACAAGCUCGGAGAGAUGAACCAGCUCAAAGUCGACAACGUGGCCCAGCGCAAGGUCGCCGCGGUCGUCAACACCGUCGCGAUCAAGCACGUCACCUAGCCCCGCGGCAACGCACGCACACCUCCAUACCCCGCAUCAUGAUAACCCGCCAUGC